AUGUCGAUCGAUGCUGAUGUUUACGGGAGUAGUUCAAAUAGUUAGGUUCAACCCACCCGUCGUCGAUGUUUUGAUUUCUCGGGUAUAAAUACGAGCAGUCUUUGUACAAUUGUGCACUUUUCCGCGUAGUUUGAACAUUUCUAUCUGUUCUCUGUUAAUUUCGUGUUUUAGAGUCAUGUCGCACAACUACGGAAACGCCGGCUACAAUGGUCCGACCAAUGGUCCCUAUGGAAAUGCUGGUUACAACAACCCCAAUCAACAAUAUUCUGGCCCUCAACCGCCGAUCGGGAACGGAGGAUACUCCGGACCUCAAGGACCGUAUGGAAAUGGUGGACAAGGACAGCCAUCUGGACCAUUCGGAGGAGCUGGAUACUCUGGACCAGGUGCUCCAAGCGGUUACGGUAAUGCUGGUAUGCCACCUCCGCCGCAUGGAACUCAAGGAUUCGUGCCGGGAGGAGUUCACGUGGAUGAACAUCAGGAUCAUGGAAAGAAAAAUCACAGCCACCAUCAUCAUCAUCAUCACCACUAAUCAGUUUCUGCUAAAAUAAAACAUAAAUGAUUGUGAUUUAGCCACUUUUUUUUUUACCUCAGCAACUAUUUCUUGCUGCUUCCCUCAUGAUUUCGGAAUCAACAAUUGACAAAUUUCUGUUCAAAGUCUAUCAUUUUUUGUACAUAGUUUGUUACUUCCUCCUCUCCUUAUCCGUGAAAACAUCGGAGAUCCGAGACGCAAUAAAAACAGUUGUGCAGCGCAUUGAGAGGUGGAUCGGAGGAGAAAAUUUGUGAAAAAUGACCCGACAUGUGUCGUGGGCGGGUGGAAAUUUGAUCUUCCUGUUUCAAGUCGAAUGACAAAUCGACAAAAAUAUAAUAAGGCAAAGCUCUUUGACACGUUGUAAUAAUUAUAGUCGACAACAUCCGGGUUGAGAAAAAACUGGAAGGCCUAGGUCAAAAACCUCGUGCCGGGCUGACGGAGUUAUGGCCUCGGUCCGAAAAAGAUAAUGGCAAGUGGACCAGAAGUCCAGAGCCUGCAAAACUUUCGGUCUGCCCACCCCUGACACAAAUAGAACAUCAGCACCAUGCUUCAUCGUUCGAGAAUGAGAUUUUUUAGUAUCUGAUUGAGUCAUGCGAAAAGUUGCUUGUAUUAUACGUGAUAUCAAAAAGGUCUUGGGAAACCGACUCUCUCCACUUCACACAAUCUCUCUCUUUUUCUCCCUCAACCUUUUGAAGUAGUGGUCUUGGUCUUUGCUUCACGUCGUGUGUUAUUAACAAACAGAGUUCCCUUUAAAUAGGCCAGUCUUCUUCACAGUUUCAUAGCAGUUCCUGCUCUUUUUCUCCAAUUCAAAUUUCGUUAUUCUCUUCAACUGCUAAUACACAUCUUUCAGACAUGUCGCAUCAUCCACCUUCUCACGGAAACUACGCUGGAGAAAGCCACGGACAUCAGGAACCCGGACACGGAGGCCAUCCGGCCCAGCACUUUGCGGCUCCGCAUCAAGGUCCGCAGCAUGCCGGAGCACACCAGCCAGCGCACCAUUCUGGACCAACUCCUCCUCACAAUGCGGGACACGCUCAUGAACACGGAGGACAUGCUCAACAACAUGGUCACCAUUGAGACAACUGUUCAUUUUUUCAUAUUUGUGACCGUUUGUACAUAUUUACGUGCAAAUAAUAAAAAAAUGUGAUUGUGUACAGUUUCAUUUGAUCCUAGGAUCAGGGUCAGGGUUUUCGAACACUUUGGACGCCUGGACUUUCCCAGUUUCAAUAUUCAAAUGAGAACGGAAAUUUGCAGAUUUAUCAGGCUUGGAUGAAAGUGUUUUGGUUUCACGCCGAUUGGAUUCUGAGCCAGGCCAAGCCGAAUUCCAACAAGUUUGCUCGAAAUACUUCAAUCCAAGUUUCAGAAGCCUGUACAGUUUGGGCCUUAUCGGGAAAAUGAAACUGGGGCCAAAGUUCAGCCUGUGCCAGUAUCGUCGUGUUCUCAGUGAAGCUCGCAAUUGACUUGUAAGAAAAUAGUCUGAAAAUCUGUAAAACUGUUUCAGUCACAAACGACACAUUUGAGUUGUUAAAUUGAUCAUCCACUUGGCAUUUAGAGAAGUUUUAUCAGUUCAACAGUCCAGCAAUUCGAUUGCGCGUGGCGUUGAACUUUAGUUUUUCCGCAUCACUCAAGCUUAUCACACUGAUACCAAAAACCAAUAUGGAAUGAAUUGGGCUAUACAUACAUGGAAAGGUAUUGGGAACAAAGUAUGAAGUACAGUGUAGUUCUAGCAAAACGUGUCCUAAGUUAUUCAGUUCCAUCGAAACAUCGAGACGAAGAAAACACUUUUUCAAAUAUUCCUAUCCCUGAUCCAACAAAUGAGUCACUGUGUGAUUUCGAUGAUACAGAUGUGUUACGCUUGACAAAUCCAUCCUUUUUCGUAGUGAGUAAUGUCAAUAGAAUCAAGCGCAAUACCAAUAAAAACCCACGCCACUUCCUCCUCCCACUAUUGUCCUUAUCUGUGGAAAUGCCAACUUUGACUUUUAUCUCCUCACAUGAUGUGCUUUUUACUGAUGUGCUUUCUUUUAAAUAGGGCGGGUGGUAUCUCAGUUCCUCACCACUUUUCUUCCUCUUCAAAGCGUCACAGUCCUCGGCUAACUAUUCGUUUUGAUUUUUCAGAAGGAGAAUGUCGCACCAACACCAUGGACCUGGACCGCACGAUGGAUGUGGAGGACAUCACGAUGGACACCACGAGCCACAUGGAGUUCACCACGAGGUGCACCACGCUCCACCACACCAUGAGCCGCAUCAUCCGGGACCGCAUCACGAGCCUCACCACGGAGGACAUCCGGCUCCACCACAUGGUGGACACCACGAGCCCCAUCACGGAGGACACCACGAUUCACACCAAGGAGGACACCACUAAAUCUGAGCCAUGUGGACCUUACCUGAUCGGCUAA